GUGUCGAAAAAGUGGGGUUGCGAAAAAUAGUUAUACAUAUAUUUUCCACCGCUCACGGAAAAUGUUUACGUUUAUAAAGCCCAGCAAAAAGGUCAUUUCCUUUUAGUUAUUUACUUGUAUUCCCACGCGUUAAACCAGAGCAAAUCUUUAAAAAAGAAGAAAAGGAGUUUUUCAUAUUCCGAUUCUCAACAAUUUUUCUCAGUGCUUGUUUUGCAUUUUUUUUUGCAAAAAAAAAAAUUAUUAUUUAUGAACUAUGGUUCAAAUUCGAGUCCAGGUGAUUUUCGUGAUGAUUUUAGCCUUGGGAUUAUUAUCAUCAGCCAUGCCUAAUCCGGCGGAUCACACUCACAUUAAAAUUCGAGUACCGUCCUAUCAUCACACUCAUAAACAUACAAUUAUAAAGAAGAUCUACAUUCCCGUGAAAGUAAAAAGUGAACAUCAUCAUAAACAUUGGUGAAGAAUAUAGAUUAUUAAGAGAAAAAAAAACAGAAAAAAAUGUCAUGUUGAAAAUAAUUAUUAUCGUGCAUGUAAAUAUUUAAUAUGUAGAAGUAAUUGUAAUUAAGAAUUUCGCAUAUAAUUUAUAGUUAUAGGUAUAUAAAUUUUUUUUCUCUUCACUCACACCGUGAAUUCACUUUCACUGCUAGAUAUGUUUUUUUUAAUUAUUAUAAAUAUAAGCACAGUGUUCUUUUUUGUAAAGAAUUUCAGGUACACUUUUUUU